AUGGUUGUUGUAGGUGGAAUUUUGAAGCUCAAGAAUAAUGUCUUCAUUAAGCUCCACAAAACCCUAUUAAUGGGAAGAAAUGAUUAUAAAUCAAGGUAUGUGGCAAAGGAUGUGAAAAAAGGACAUUUUGUUGUGAUUGCUAAGGAUGAAGAUGAAGAUGAAGCAAAGAGAUUUAUUGUGCCAUUGAGUUGUUUAGCAAAUCCAAUAUUUGUGAGUCUAUUGGAACAAGCAGCUGAAAAAUUUGGAUUUAAUGGAGAUGGUGCACUAACUAUUCCUUGUAGGCCUAAUGAACUUAAGAUGUUAUUGGUGCAGCAAUUGCAGGAUGAAGGAAGCUAUUGCUCUGAUCAUGUCAUGUUUAUAUGCUACCAAAGACGACCUAGUGGAUAUUUCAAGUUAAAGCAAAUUGUAUAA